AUGGCGGAUCCCAAUGCUGUCCAAGAGGCUGAGGCCUCCAUGGCCAACCUUCAACUCGACACUGUCACCGGCGAGAUGGUGUCCAAGAGUGAAUUGAAGAAGCGUCUGAAGAUGCGCGAGAGAGAUGCCAAGAAGAAGGAGAAGGCGGCGGCGGCUCCUCCCAAGGCUGAGAAGAAGACCUCCGAGGAGGAUGAGGAGGCUAACCUGACUCCCAACCAAUACUUCGAGAUCCGCAGCAAGAAGAUCCAGAAGCUGAACGAGACCCAGCAGCCGAAUCCUUAUCCCCACAAGUUCCAGGUGACAAACGAUCUGCGUGUUUUCCUCAAGGACUAUGAGAGCCUCCAGAAGGGCGAGCAGAAGCCCGAGACGAUCGUUCGCAUCGCUGGUCGUAUCUACACCAAGCGUAGCUCCGGCAACAAGCUGAUCUUCUACGAUAUCCGCGCCGAGGGCGUCAAAGUCCAGGUCAUGUGCCAGGCCCAGAAUGCUACCGGCAGCGUUCCGUUUGACCAACAGCAUGAGCACCUGCGCAGAGGUGAUGUCAUUGGUAUUGUGGGAUUCCCCGGUCGUACUGCGCCCAAGAACCGCCCCGACGGUGAAUUGUCCAUCUUCGCAACUGAGGUCGUUUUGUUGGCCCCCUGCCUGCACGCCAUUCCCUCCGAGCACUACGGUUUCCAAGACAAGGAACAACGUUUCAGACAGCGCUACCUGGACUUGAUUGUCAAUGAUCGAAGCCGCGAAAUCUUCCGCACUCGAUCUAAGAUCGUUACAUACAUCCGCAACUUCUUUGAUGCGCGUGAUUUCACUGAGGUGGAAACGCCAAUGAUGAACGCGAUCGCUGGCGGAGCCACCGCGAAGCCUUUCAUCACUCACCACAAUGAUUUGAAUCAGGAUAUGUUCAUGAGAAUCGCACCGGAACUGUACCUGAAGAUGCUGAUUGUCGGUGGUCUAGAGCGAGUUUUUGAAUUGGGCCGCGUGAUGCGCAAUGAGUCGAUCGAUCUGACCCACAAUCCGGAGUUCACGACAUGCGAGUUCUAUUGGGCCUAUGCAGACUACCAUGAUCUUAUCGUUCUGACUGAGGAGCUUAUCUCCGGUCUUGUGAAGCACCUGACUGGUGGUUAUGAGACUACCUACCACACUCAGUCCGGUGAGGAGUACACCAUCAACUGGAAGGCUCCUUGGCGUCGGGUGAAUAUGAUUCCGGCGUUGGAAGAAGCCUGCGGUGAGAAGUUCCCUCCGGGAGACCAGCUUCACACUCAGGAGAGCAAUGAAUUCCUCAAGAGAGUUCUUAAGAAGAUGAAUGUGGAAUGUUCCGCGCCUCAAACGAACGCGCGUAUGCUGGACAAGCUGGUCGGCGAGUUCAUCGAGAGCACCUGUAUCAACCCCACCUUCAUUUGCGAGCAUCCUCAGCUCAUGUCGCCUCUUGCGAAGCAUCAUCGCGAGAAGCCCGGCUUGUGUGAGCGUUUCGAGGCCUUUGUCGCCACUAAGGAGAUUUGCAACGCCUAUACCGAGUUGAACGACCCCGUCCAGCAGCGUCUGCGCUUUGAAGAGCAGGCCAACCAGAAGGACCAGGGUGAUGAUGAGGCCCAGCUCAUUGAUGAGAACUUCUGUACUUCGCUUGAGUACGGUCUGCCUCCGACCGGUGGUUGGGGCUUGGGCAUUGACCGCCUGGUGAUGUUCUUGACCGAUAACUACAGCAUCAAGGAGGUUCUGACCUUCCCCAUGAUGAAGGAGGAUAAGACCGCUGCUGAGGGCAAGUCUGCUGCCGAGAUUGUUGGCGCUAAGCCCAUCCCCGAUUCUGUUGAAGGAAUUCCCCACAAAUAA